AUGGCGGCGAAGUUGCAGCAGUUGACAUCCAAGGCGUGUCAGGCAUCCCAAUUUAUAGCAAAACAUGGAACUUCUUACCACAAACAGCUGUUGGAGCAGAACAAGCAAUACAUUCAGGAUCCUCCUACAAUAGAGAAAUGCAACCUUCUGGCUAAGCAAUUAUUUUACACUCGCCUCGCAAGUAUUCCUGGUCGUUAUGAGUCCUUUCAUAAGGAACUUGAUUAUGCCAAACAAUUCUGGAAGAACUGGAAAGAGAUAAAGGUCGAAGAUGCAGGUAUUGCUGUUUUGUUUGGCCUGGAAUGCUUUGCAUGGUUUUGUGCUGGCGAGAUUGUUGGAAGAGGAUUUACUUUCACAGGUUACUAUGUCUAA